AUGAGCAUGGAACGUAGAUCCUGUACGGGCUCCGCGCCUCACGUCACUAAGAGGUUGUGUGCAACUCUCAUGUUCUUCAUAGGCAUAGUUUGUAUAUUCGGAGGCUAUUUACUGGGACGAAUGGCCCGGCACGAAGUGAAGAAGAACAACGACAUACUAUUCAUCAACUUGACGAACGCAGCCGAGAAUUUGUAUAAAAAAGCCAAACUAAUAACACCAAAAGCCGUGCAUCACAACGGUCCGGACAAAAUAACCGCCAAAUUGUUGGACGCAUUCCAUUGCAACGUACCAGAGUGCGGGGUUAUUACACACAACAAUUUAGCUGAUUUCUUGAAUAAUGUAAUAAAUCACGAAGUAACCAAAUUAACGAGAUCUAUACACAACUCCUCGCUCUAUUUAGAUUCAUUAAGGUGA